AUGUCACAAACCUUUGGUUCCACCAUCAAUAUUCUCCAGCCCGCUUUGCAAACCAACAGGCGAUAUGGACAGCGAUGUGGACAGCAAACACGCAAUUUUGAUAAGCCGUUGGAAUGGGUGAAGUUCAUGGGGAAGUUGGGUGCAAAGUUGGAAGGUGCUUGGAAUUGCCAGUGGGAAAGUGUGCAAUGCCAUUGCAGAGUUUUCCACGCUACCAACUCCGUGCACCCCACAUUGCAUGCCCAGCAAUACGGUUCUUGCGGUGCUUCCAUUGGACCGCCAAUAAUGCGCCAUUGGAAUGGCCAAAGGAAUGGGGCCAUGCGGCGAGAAGUUAGUCACACUUUGAUGGGUGGUUUGUUGAUUGGGCUCGUCGGGACUUUGGCAUGGCGUAAACCAGCCGGUGUCACAAGCCACAGAUAUGGCGCUCAAUCUUUUAUUGAGAAUCUUUUCCCUGAACAAUGCAUGCCCAAGGGCUCCAACAACAUUCCAUGGAAAAAUGCUGAAAAUCACCUGAGGGACGAAGGCAUCUUCAGCCCUGAUAAACUGGCCUGGCGGGACUGCCCUAACCUGGAUGCAUUCACUCAUCAUCUGGAGGGCCAGUUUGGCGGGUUUAUUAAUGCUGUUGCAGAGAUUUGUGGUGAAGCCUUAGGAUCUGGUGCUCCGCGUCGGCGUUGGAUGGCCAAAUACAGCACGAAUGUACUUGGCGGCCACCAAGCAAAUCGAAAACUAGACCUUACCUUGAUUGAUCAGAAUACAAGUACAUAUGAGUUCAUGUUAAAGUAUGAUUGUGGCGGUUUGAUGCGUUCAGCGGCAAUCUCCAUCACCCAUCCGACGGGUUGGACAUGUUUUGCCCGUAUGGCAUACUGUCUUGCAUACUGUCACCCCCACUGGCUGGGAUACAAUAUUAGCGCCCAGCUGGCACCAUGCCAUGGUCCUCGGUUAAUGGCGAUGCAAUAUAGUCUAUUUGGUCGCAGAUCGAAUGUUCACUGGGUCCAUCAUUUGGAAACCAAGGAAUCGUUCAUUGUCAAGGAUACCUGGCACAAUGUGAUUUCACCGUUCCAGAGCAGGGCGGGGUUGGAAAAAGCCCUAAGAGAUUGCGUCAUUGCGCACAGAGAAGUGUUUCAGACCUUCAAGGUGUUGCACCGUGACAUCCACAUUGGUAAUUUAUACAUCAAAACAGAAACUGGUAAUGAUGGAGGUGAACUUGGAGAUUGGGGUUUUGCAGAGUGUCAAGAUCUAUGCAUAGUACAACAAUGUCUCCAACCUCUCAACUGCACAUUCCCCAAAAAGGCUGAGCCCAUCAUCCCUGCCUCCAGCCCUAUGUCCGCAGCCUCCAGCUUAACAUCAAUGCCCUCUUCUCCUGAACCAUUCCAGCUACGCAACUUGAAGACGCUUCGCCCACAGCAGCCAAGGGUGCUGGCACAGGCACCAUCAUGGCAAACACUCACCACAGAUAACGAAUCAGACCCUGAUGCCCGACGGACGUCAACUUCUGAUCCUUGGGACCAAUUUGGGUCUUGGGCUGGCGCUGCUAACUCCAACAUUGAUCUAGUGGAACAGACGGGAAACACUGCCCGCAUCUCAGUUUGUUUGAUGUACACAGCUGCCAUUGAACAAUUUUGCCCUCACAAAGCCAGCAAGCAAAAGUCCGCUGAGGAAUUGGAGGAGACGAUGCUGGUGGAUCAUUGGUGGAACCAGCAGCACUGGAGAUCAUCUGCAGAGUGGAAGGUUACCACCAUGAAGCAGGAUGCUCUAUGGAAAUCACGCAUAGCAUCCCACAUAGGUCCAUAUUUUGAUUGUUUCAAACCUGUGGUGGACAAAAUGCGCAAGGCGUUAUUUCAUCACAUCACCUAUGAGGAGAUGAUUGGGUUUCUUUCUGAAAUGGUCAAGAUAGCGGAACAAGAAGAGGAACACUCAGAUAGAGGCACCCCAGCCAUAACAGAGGUCGCCUCCUCAUCACCGUGGGAGGAAUCACAUGCCAGCUUUUUCUCCCUCCUGGAAUCGGAGGUCGGUGAUGACAUCGACUCAAGGAGCAUUCCAGAAGAUAAGCUAGCCCUCCGACCCACUGAUGCAGCAUCGUACACACCCACCAAAGUGUUCAAGAUCUCCUUGGUGCUGAAUGCUGUGGCAGCAACGAGUGAGCUUCCUGAGGGUGACGUCCAGCCAGAACCCAUAAAUGAACCUCCUAGUAGAGUCGUCAUCAAGAAAUCCUCUCGUGCUCACCCCCCUGCAACCAUUUCCACUGGCAACCUGCCUACCGAGGAGGGCACCGUCACUGAUCCUGUUGCCAAUCACACUUCCAAUGCUGUGGCUGGUUCCUCCAAAUGCAAGGCUCCCAAGGAUGUCGAUAACAAUGCACGGAAGAAGUUCCGUGCCAGUGAGAAGAACUCACUUGCCAAUGAAGGUGGGAAGAAGUCCCACAGGGGCAAGAAGUCCAUCACUAGCAACCGGGUCAAGAAGUCCCGCACCAGUGAUGGCGGCAAGAAAAAGUCCAUUGUCGUUGGUGUAGCUGGGAAGAAGUCUGGCACUUCAUGUUCUCAUUGCAACGAUGAUGAAGAUUAUGUCCCGGGUAAGGCAUCGACGUCUGGGAAGAGGAAGAACUAA